AUAAAAUAUAGCUUGAACAGUAUGCCAAGUCGGAAUAGAAAGCAAGGAUUAGUAAAAUAUGCAGUCUUUUUUAUAUCACUAACGAAGUUGAUGCCAAAACCUAUUUUCUUGAAUGGAUUUUUCUAAGAGACGGUGGUGGUGACCUUUAAGGAUUAAUGUUAGUCAGUUACUGCACAAUAAUCAAACUACUGUGUUUGGUUUAAUUUUAACAAAUUGCUUUAAUUGAGACUUAAUAUUAAAGGAAAAUAUACAACAAAUCAACUGUCACUUCUAUUUUUGAAAUGAUCGACGUGUUGGAAAAGUACCAUCUUUAGCUUUUUUCAAAAGAAAAUAAGACACCUUGGAACCGCAUAUAAAUAGCUGUAUCAGCUGCCUAUUUUUGUUAUUCUAUAAUUAGUUAACAAAUAUCUCAGUUUACAAAGGAUGCAAGCUAAUUACAGUUUAUUUUAAGUGUAGGAUUAGCUUUAAGUGAAUAUUUCUAGUAUUUUUAGAUCGUAUUUAUGGGUUUGACAUAGUUACAAGAACUGUGUACCUGUUUUUUUCCUCUAAAGAUUGAAAUUCUUUUGUGAAAAAGCGAAAUAAUGAAACGCUAUCUUCAGGAUGAGUUAGAAGAUGAAUACCCGGCUAAUGAAAAUCAAUAUCCAGCGAGAAAUGCGAAGAAUUUGGCAAACCAAAAUCCGAGAAAACAUCCUAAAACCAAUUCAACUGAAAGUUCGAUGUACUUGUUGGGGUUUAAACAAAUACUUUCCACGGUUCUAGGUAAUGAGUCUCAUCUCUUAACGCAAGAAGAGCUAGUCGUAAUGGAUAAAUUCAAGGUUCUUUCAUGCGAUGAUCAAUAUCUCUUUGUUCGCCUUUUCAUGAGAAAGCGUGAUAAAUGGUUUCGAGUUGCGCAGCUCAAUUAUUUGGAUUGCCAGAAUAUAGCAGAAUCCUGCGCAGGACUUGUAAAAUUUGGAUUUUUUGUUGACGAUAAUUCGAUGACCAUUGAGGAGUUAUUAGACAUAAUGACUUCAGAGGAAUUGCGAACGGUAGCUCGUUUCAGUAAAAUAAAAGGAAAAUCGAGAAAAGAAAUUAUCGAGUCAAUUAUCGAUCUGUCAAGAAAACAAUCUGUCCUCCAUACUAAUGGUCAGUUGUUUCUUUCCUUCAAUGGAACAGGAAACUUGAACAACCAGACGAAGCAGCUUAAAAAGCAGCUUUUAUAUUACAGUGGAAGAUGCGUAAAGCCGAAAAAAAGCAUUGUGGAACUUUUUCACCGAAUACACGUAGUAUACUUUCGUUCCACGAUGUAUGAUGAACAUUCCUUAACUUCUUUGAUCUUAGUUCGAAUCAAGAAAACGGUAUAUCCGACUUAUCAGAUAUCUCGUACAUCAAAUAUAUUCGAAUCUAGGUUAAUUUUAAUGGAAUAUGUUGAGGCGCUAGAGCUUUGUAAAAAGGCCUUACCGCUGUUUGAAAGUCUUACUUUGUCAAAUGAAGAAGCUCUUGGGAGUGCUGUUGAUCUUUUCUUUGAUAUUUACCCAAAAUGGCUCUCCUAUGUCAAUAGUGAUAUGUUAAAGUUUGCAAAUUCUUUUGAGGAAAAUGUACAACAUCUAUACAGUUUCAUUUUCUCCUAUCGUCCAGGAGCCGUCUAUACCUAUUUGGUUCAUAAAGGCACAAAUAUUUUAGGAAAACUGCGUUUAGUUGAACUUGAGAUUGAAGUUCUCGAUACUCUACUUGCUCAGAACAUUUACUUGACUGGCAAAAGGGGUUUUUGGUAUAAUAGGAAAGCACUUUUGGAAGGCAAUUACAAAACUUCAGAUGUGAGUAUGCUACGUACUUGGCAACAUCGAGCUCUUUGUACCUGUGUACAUGGCGUUGAAGACAAAAAUACACACAUGAAAUAUCAGUUUGUCCUUCAGAGAAGACUUCUGCGACUUGAAAAGGUAUUAAUGACGCCCGAAACAGAUAGACAUGAUUUUUCGUAUAACUUCCAAAAUAAACCCUCAAAUAUUACGAUUUUUGGUAAAAGAAAGGAUCUAGCGGAUAAAAGUCAGCAAAGAACACUUUGGCUUACAUCAAAGGGAACAGUACUGACAGUCGAACAGUUUGCAGCCGAGUAUUACAUAUCACUUGGUUGGUCUGCUGUUCACUCUGAAAGCAGUAUUUUCCUGACUUUGUUUGCUUUGGUUUUCUGGGAUAUUUUGUUUAUGGACGUACCUGGUGUUUUCCAAUCCGCAUUUCAAUCAGCACCUUUAGAUUUGCCUACAGAUUUAUUUUUUUCGGCAAGGGAAUACGCAAUUCGUGAAAGACUUCUAGAAGUUGAAUACGGCUAUGCUGAAAAGUACAUCAAGGAAGUUUAUACCCGUGAGUCCGAAAAUCAACCGGUAUGCAUAGGGCUACAGUGGUCUUAUUCUCUUGAGAUGCUGCUUUCUGUUACACAUUGUAUUCCUGGUAAAGGCUUAGCUUCUAUAUUCCAUGCUAUGGCACAAGAUUAUAAAAAUGCUUCAAGUGGUAUGCCAGAUUUGUGCCUGUGGAAUGCUGAAAAGAAAACCUUUUUACUUUCAGAGGUAAAAAGUGACAGCGACAGAUUGUCCGAGCCCCAGAAAUUUUGGAUUGAUUUAUUAUUGAGUGCAAGUUUACCGGUUGAAGUAUGUCAUGUGCUCACGGAUGAAAACAAAAAUUCUUUGUAAUCAUAAGCGUUUCAGUAAAUUUGCUGGAAGAUCAGACAGGAUACAUCGUUGAAGUGUAAUUGUAAAUAUGCUUUUAAGUUGAGUUUUGAAUCUUUUUGCUCUUUUUUAUUAAUCGUUUUAAUGUGAGUAACAGAUCUGUUCACAUUUUAUAUCCACGUUAUUCUCGCCAGUAAUAAGGAUGAUAUAAUGGAUAGGCAGGCUUCAUUUCCUCCUUCCUUUGGAAACUAGUUUAUAUCUUAUUCUUACCUCUCUAUCGUUUCUAAUAUUUAAUAAAAUGUUUUUCUUGUUGAGU